AUGCAGCUCAAGCUUUCCUUCGUUGCCGGCCUCAUCGCCACCUCGGCGCUCGCCGUCGCCGCUCCCGUCGAGCAGGAGCGCGGCAUCAACAUCGAAAUCUCGAAGCGUGCCACCCUCACCAAGGCCGGCACCAGCGAGAUCGAUUGGACCAAGGUUGACGCUCACAUGAGCAGCUUGCGAGCCAAGUACGCCAAGAACUUCGCCAACUACGAGAAGAACACCGGCAAGGUCCACCCUCAGAAGCGUGAGCUUCCCGAGCACCUCGCCAAGCGUGCGACCGGCACCGUCUCGCUCACUGAUCAGCAGGGUGGUGAGCUCUGGACCGGUACCAUGGCUUACGGUACCCCUGCGCAGAGCUUCCCCAUCGACUUUGACACCGGCUCCUCGGACACCCUUGUCAACCCUGGCGCUUACACUCCCAGCAAGUCGUCCACCUCCAAGACCAACGGAGACCAGUUCUCCACCGCAUACGGUGACGGCACCACCGCUCAAGGUACCAUCUACACCGACACUGUCCACAUCGCUGGCUUGAGCGCUGCCAACACCGCCAUCGGUGUCUCCAACACUCAGUUCAUCGACUCUUCCGAGGGCUCGCAGGGAAUCUCUGGCAUGGCUCUUCCUCAGCUUGCUGCUUUCGGCUCCAAGUACCUCCCCUAUUUCUACAGCCUCAAGAAUGCCGGUGCUGUUUCAUCUGGCAAGUUCCAGUUCGACCUGCGCACCUCGGGCUCCACCCUCUUCCUCGGCGGUACCAACUCGGCCAAGUACUCCACUACCCCCAUCUACCAGAGCCUCGACUCGAGCCAGGGCUUCUGGCAGGUCCCAGCUUCGGUCAACGGCCAGAGCAUCGAAUCGAUCGUCGACACCGGCACCACCAUCAUCGUCGCUCCUACCUCGCAGGCCAAGCAGCUCUUCGCCAAGCUCGGCUUGCCCACCUUCACCCAGGACGGCUCCACCUACGCAUACUACAACUGCAACAGCCCUCCCACCAUCACCUUCAAGUACGGAAGCUACUCCAAGUCGCUCUCGGCUGCUACCACCUCGUUCGGUACCACCAACAACGGCGACUGUGUGCUCUCGAUCGCUGGUGGUGACGUCGGCGUCAACGCCUGGGUUACCGGUGACUCGUGGCUCCAGAACACCGUGGCCAUCUUUGACACCGACAACAACCGCGUCGGCUUCGCCAACAAGGCUUAA